AUGUCGACCACUACCAUAAGUACUACCAUCAAUACCGAUGUUGACCCCGUCCCCCGGGGCCCCGUCGACGUCGACUUAACCUUCUACGAACCCCCAGCCGACGGAUCCACGCCCUACAACUACGUGGAAUCCCCACCGGCGGGCCUCCCACCCCGCAACUACGGUGAAAAAGUGCACAAAGUAUCCCUGACCGACAUCCGCGGCCACGAAGCAGACUACAACCUCGACACGCACGCCUUCCAAGUCCUCCAACACAUCCCCACAGCAACCACAUACUCAACCUUCGACUCUGACGCCGAAGUCCAACGCCUCUACUACCCAGAAGUCGAGCAGCUGCUCCUGCAGCACAUCCCCGGCGCCGAGCGCAUCAUCCUCUUCGACCACACCAUCCGCAAACAAAACCCCGACGCCCCCCGCCAACCAGUCAACCGGGCACACGUCGACCAAACUCGCAAAGCGGCGCAGGACCGCGUCCGCCUGCACGUCACCGAUCCCGAGGAGGCCGAGCGCAUCCUCAGCCAGGGCGUGCGCUACCGCAUCGUCAACGUCUGGCGGCCAUUGAACGGCCGCGUGGAGUCAGCGCCGCUGGCGUUUGCGGCCGCCCCGUCCGUCGACAACAAGAAUGAUCUCGUGGCUGUGGAGCACCGCUACCCGCAUCGGACUGGCGAGACCAUGGCCGUCAAGUAUAAUCCUAACCAGCGGUGGAUGUAUCUCUCCGGGAUGGAGAACGAGGAGAGACUGUUGUUGAAGUGCUCGGAUAGUUAUGCGGCAGCGAAGGAUGGGAUUGCGGAGCGAGUGCCGCAUUCUGCGUUUUGGGAUCCGCGGACGAGGGAGGGCGCUAAGCCGAGGGAGAGUAUUGAGGUGAGGGCGUUGGUGAUUGGUUAG